UCCUUGCACCGUUGGUGUGUUGUGUGUCUCAUGAAAUGCUCCGACCAGGAUAUCAAGACCAUGACAUUAAUCCUUCUAAAUUAAAUCAAUGACUGUGCAAUGUAAAUAUACAUGAUUUCAUAGAGUUUCAGAACUGGAGAGCUUGACUCUGUUUUCAACUAAUUCAGUGUAGGCGCAUCAAAAGUGGACAGUAAAAUUUCUGUAUUCUCAUCAUGCUACCCGGUUAUCCAUCCUUCCAUAAUGCUUACCCUUGUUGCUUAGUGACGGAUCUCUUUAGGACACCGGCUGCCCCGCAGAGACCAGCGACUUCUUUUUCCAUCGAUAGCAUAUUGUCUAGAGACUCAUCUUCAAAUACUACCCGCUUAGCGGCUGCUUCUGGAUCGUGGACCUCUUCUGCACCUCCACUUCACUAUCAUCACCAUCAUUACACUGGCACCGAUCUGUGUGCAGGAUUCGCAGGCGGCAUCCUGUCUCCUUAUUUGCCACCCUCUCCUGUGUUUUUAGGGAGCGGUGCACCGGUGGGAAGUCACAGGCGCAAAAGAAGGCAUAGGACAAUAUUCACAGAAGAACAAUUAGAACAGCUCGAGGCUGCCUUCGAAAAGACACACUAUCCUGAUGUUCUUCUAAGAGAAGAGCUGGCACUCAGGGUUGAUCUCAAAGAAGAAAGAGUUGAG